AUGAAGCCGUGUACAGCAGCCUCCAGGAGAAAUUUCUCCAGCUCAGCCUCUCCUGCCCUCUUUUCCGGCCGAAACGAACCUCUUCCUGGGCGAAGUACUGGCUUUUCUUCGUGGUCUCCAAUGCCAUACACCUCGGUGCGGAGACAUUGCGGCCGAUUCUGGUCCAAGCUACAUGGAGUUUAA